AGGGGGCGGAGCCGGCAGGUAGAGUUACCUGCAGGAAGGGAGUUGUCUCUUUGUGUUUCAGCUUCAGCUGGACGAGACGACGAGGACGAGCUCCUGCAAACACACCAAUACAGCAGCAUGGCGUACCACGUGGAGUUUGAGCGUGCAGGCCAGGAGCCGGGGCUUCAGGUGUGGCGUGUGGAGAGUCUGGACCUGGUUCCUGUUCCGGAGAGUCAGUACGGAGGGUUCUACAGUGGAGAUGCCUACCUGGUCCUCAACACCGUCAGACUGGGGUCUGGAAAACUGCAGUACGACCUGCACUACUGGCAAGGUGAGGACUGCUCCCAGGACGAGAGUGGGGCGGCGGCCAUCUUUGCGGUGCAGAUGGAUGACUUCCUGCAGGGGGCGCCGGUGCAGUACCGUGAGGUCCAGAACCACGAGUCCCAAACCUUCACCGGGUACUUCAAGCCCGGCCUCAGAUACAUGAAAGGGGGCGUGGCCUCAGGGUUCCGACACGUGGUGACCAAUGAGGUGGACGUACAGCGGCUGCUGCAGGUCAGAGGUCGCCGCGUCGUCAGGGCAACCGAGGUUCCUGUCAGCUGGGAGAGCUUCAACCAUGGAGACAGUUUCAUCCUUGACCUGGGAAAGGAAAUCAUCCAGUGGUCUGGUUGCCAUAGCAACCGCUUCGAGAGGCUGAAGACCACACAGGUGUCCAAGAGUAUCCGUGACAACGAGCGCUGUGGGCGGGCCGAGCUGGUCAUCUGUGACGAGGACGUCGAGCCGGAGAGGAUGCUGGAGGUUCUGGGAGAGAAGCCCGAGCUGCCCGAGGCUCAGACCGAAGACACCAAGACGGACGGAGCCAACAGGAAGCUCGCCAAACUUUACAAGGUCUCGAAUGCAGCUGGUGACAUGGAGGUUACCAUGGUAGCAGAACAGAAUCCAUUUUCCCAGGAUGCAUUGCAUUCCAGCGAAUGUUUCAUUCUGGACAAUGGAGCCAACGGACACAUCUUCGUCUGGAAAGGUAAGGAGGCGAACGCCGCCGAGCGCCACGCCGUCCUCAAGGCCUCUGAGCAGUUCAUCCAGAAGAUGGGCUACCCAAAACACACACAGGUGCAGGUCCUGCCUCAGCACGGGGAGACGCCGCUCUUCAAGCAGUUCUUUAAGGUGUGGAGGGACGCAGACGACACCGUCGGCAUGGGAACCGGCCACGUGUCCAAUCACAUCGCAAAGAUCGAGAAGGUUCCAUUUGACGUGGCGACGCUCCACCAGUCAGACGCCAUGGCGGCGCAGCACGGCAUGGUGGACCGCGGCGACGGCGAGAAACAGAUCUGGCGUAUUGAGGGGUCAGACAAGGUGGCGGUCGACCCGUCGGUCCACGGUCAGUUCUACGGCGGCGACAGCUACAUCAUCCAGUACAGAUACGAGCACAGCAGCAGACAGGGCCACAUCAUCUACAUAUGGCAGGGGGCGGAGUCCAGUCAGGAUGAGGUUGGAGCGUCAGCCAUCUUGGCCGUCCAGCUGGACGAGGAGCUGGGAGGCGGGGCAGUGCAGGUGCGGGUGGUCCAAGGCAAAGAGCCCGCCCACCUCAUGAGCCUGUUCGGCGGACAGCCAAUGGUGGUGUACAAGGGCGGGACUUCCAGAGAGGGUGGCCAAUCAGAGGUGGCGGAGACCCGCCUGUUCCAGGUGCGAGCCAAUCCGGCGGGAGCCUGCCGAGCCGUGGAGGUGGAGCCGUCCUCGUCCGGUCUGAGCUCCGGUGACGUGAUGCUGCUGGCGGCGGCGUCGGGCUGCUGGCUGUGGAGGGGGCGGAGCAGCAGCGCCGCCGAGCUGCAGGGCGGCCGGGCGCUCGGCCAGCUGCUGCAGCUCAGCCCCGCCCCGCUGGAGGAGGGGGAGGAGCCAGAUGCAUUCUGGGAAGAGCUGGGAGGGAAGUCGGAGUACUGUCGCUCGCCGCGGCCGCAGGGCGAGCUGGAGGCUCACCCGCCGCGCCUCUUCGCCUGCUCCAACAGCACCGGCAACUUCCUGAUCGAGGAGGUUCCAGGUGAGAUGACCCAGGAUGAUCUCGCUCCUGAUGAUGUCAUGAUCCUGGAUACCUGGGACCAGGUGUUCGUCUGGAUCGGAGACGAAGCUCAUGAGGAGGAGAAGACAGAGGGCGUGGCCUCAGCUGUCAGGUACAUAGAGAGCGACCCCUCGGCUCGGGACCCUGGCACCGCUGUGAUCCAGGUGAAGCAGGGAUUCGAACCUCCGACCUUCAGCGGCUGGUUCCUCGGCUGGAGCCCCGACUACUGGAGCAGCGACCCGCUGGAGAGAGCCAUGCAGGGCCUGCAUGUGUGACACACACACACACACACACACACACACACACACACACACAGUGUACCUGUCUGAGUCCAAUAAACAGCUUCAGUCUCGGUGUUCCGUCU